AUCCGACUCAGCAGUCUUGGAGAUUGUGCAGAGAUUGUGUCAUCACUUCAUUGUCCUGUAAUGUUCCGGAACACGUACCAGCGCGGGUUUCUCGUGGUGUUCAGCAGCAGCGGAAGCAAACCGUUGGAAAUUUGGGACGUGGUCACGAAAAAUGGCCACGCCAAACGCGUCACGGAUGUCGAUCUGAAGCAGCUCUCGUUCGAGCUGAUGGGGGUCAACGUAGCUACCACGUACAUGGUGGCUCCGAGAUGUCCGUGUCCGUCGUUGGCCGUCAAGUUGCCAUUUCUGGUGCUGCUGGUGAAGAACAUGAAGAAGUUUUUCUCGUUUGAGAUUCAGAUAUUAGACGAUCGCAACCUGCUCCGGCGGUUCCGGGCCUCCAACUACCAGAGUGCGACCCGCGUUGAUAACUUCUGCACCGUAAUGCCGCUCGCGUUAACUCCCGGGUGGAACCAAAUCCAAUUCAAUCUGGCCGACUUUACCCGCCGGGCAUACGGAACCAACUACGUUGAAACGGUCAAAAUUCAGAUCCAUGCAAACGUACGCGUCAAGCGAGUCUACUUUAGCGAUCGACUAUAUCCGGAUGAUGAGCUUCCGGCGAACUUGCGGUUGCAUCCACCACUAAGACCCCUCAAGAUUGGUCAGGUGUACCGAAAAAAGGGCAAGCUGCCGAAGGAUGCCGUCGAAACGGUGCGACCCACGACUCCGGUUACCGCCUUCACCGAGGAACGUACAACGACAACAACGCAAGAGAUGACGAUGGAUUUCUCGGGACCAACGACAACUGUGAGCUUCUCAACGAUAAAAGAAACUACGUAUGAAUCAACGGUCGAGUACGGGGGUGAACCUACCGAAGAGGACGAUGCUAAUGCAGCAGAAGAAGAGCCGGUUACAGCUAAACAGGUGGAGGAAUCAACCGGACCGGAAGAAGAACCUGGAAAAGCUUUAGAGGAAGAAGAAGCAGAACCUGAAGAAGAACCAGACAUGGUCUUUGAGUAUCAUGAAAUUACUACAACGACAUAUUCGUCAAAUCCACUCUAACAAUCCAAAUGUAAAAUUUUGGAAUGUCUAAUUUAUUUUCUUGACAAUUUAAAUAAAUUAUUCGUUGAAUCAGACUUGAACCGCAA